AUGUUCACUAGCGGUUUAAAAAGAAGUGUUGUUGGCAUCACGGGUAUCAUUAGCCGCAGAGGACUCGCUAGCGAGGCCGCGACGGAGGUUCCCAAACUCAAGACUUUUAAAAUUUACAGAUGGAACCCAGACCAUCCGGCGGAGAAGCCUAAGCUACAAGAAUAUCAGGUGGACUUGAACAAAUGUGGGCCGAUGGUUUUGGAUGCUCUUUUGAAAAUCAAAAAUGAGCAGGACGCUACGCUGACGUUCAGACGGUCGUGUAGAGAAGGUAUCUGCGGCUCAUGUGCCAUGAACAUCGGCGGUAGAAACACGCUAGCGUGUCUCUGCAGAAUUGACACCGACGAGUCCAAACAAACGAAGAUUUAUCCCCUCCCUCACAUGUACAUCGUCAAAGAUCUUGUUCCGGAUCUAACUCACUUUUACCAGCAGUACAAGUCGAUUCAGCCCUAUUUGCAAAGAUCAAAGGUUCCUGAGGAUGGGAAAGAAAAUUUGCAGAGCAUCGAGGACCGUGAAAAGCUUAACGGCCUUUACGAAUGUAUUUUGUGCGCUUGUUGCUCUACCGCUUGUCCUUCCUACUGGUGGAACCAGGAAGAAUAUUUAGGGCCUGCAGUGCUAAUGCAAGCUUACCGUUGGCUAAUUGACUCCCGUGACGAGGCAUCCGCGGCCCGUAAGCAAAUGCUUCAAAAUUCAAUGUCUCUCUACAGAUGCCACACCAUCAUGAACUGUACAAGGACUUGUCCAAAGGGUUUGAACCCUGGCUAUGCCAUUGCUGAGAUCAAAAAGGCGCUAAUUCCUGCCUAA